AUGCCUGCUGACAGCGUUUUGGCUCGCAAGCCCAACAAUUUCCUUGAGCGGCAUCUGACAAAUGCUACUUUAAUUACAGGUCAGAUAGACCACAGUGAGGAUGAAAUGCGAAAGGAGCCGAAACACAUAUAUGUCAGACAGCGCGCAGUGAUCGACGACCGUCCAUGCUCGUGUUAUAUGCAGCAGGUUGAUCAUCUCAACGCUUCAACCAUUCAUACUUACUUUCCAACCAAGAAAAAUAAGCAGCGUGAAUCUGGAGGAUUCACGCCUCGUCCCCCCAAACCCGAAGUGGUUCUUGGCGUAGUUUCGAUUGUAGUACAACGCCAAUGCCAUCUGCUCAGCCUCUCUUGUAUUAAUUGUUUUUUUUUUUUUUCCCCUUACCAUUCUGAAGCCAAGCCAGUUGGUCUGGACGAGAGAUAUAAAGCGGUUAUCCACCCAGUCUCUAUCAGUGAGAUUCCAGGAGCUUCAAUUCCACUCGAUCUCCAGCACUCCAGCACUCUAGCCCAUAACUCCCAUUUAUCUAUACCGCUCAAUAUGACUUUUGCAGAGUCCUUCCUUCAAGGCUUCUCUACCGUACACAACUCAAUAGGGUAUAAAAAAGGAUACAAUUUUAUCCUUUGGUUUAUAUUUGCUGGAGCCCUCCUUGGAUUCACUCUUGCUCGUUUUUCAUUCCUGAACUUUGACGUCUUUGAGAGCGAUUCUGUUCCCGGUCAAUGGUACUUCACGCGCAUGGGCCGUGAUAAAGUUGGUCUCCUUUUGCAUCUUGCCGCUGUGCUACCAUGUGGAAUUCUUGUCAUCCUCCAAUUUAUUCCGAUCAUUCGACACAAGUGGAUAUUGCUCCACCGUAUCAAUGGCUACAUCAUCUUUAUCCUGCUUUUGAUUUCACACGCGGGCGCUCUUAUGAUUAUGGAACACUCCUUUGGUGGCGGUGUGGAUAUCCAGUCUGCUGUGAUUACACUUGUCAUAGCCUGCACAGUUUCCUUCUGCCUCGCACUCUACAACAUCCGCUAUAAGCAACUCGAACAACAUCGUGCCUGGAUGUUACGCACUAUGUUCUACAUGGGCUGUAUCAUUACGAUCCGAAUCUGCCUCAUCAUCUCUGCAUCUAUUCUGGGAGCCCUCCCGAAUCUACGCCACGACAUAUGGUCAUGCGAUCAAGUCCGGUUCACUUUCUUAAAUGGUGCUUCAGAUGCUCUUACUGCUUCGGAAAAGCUAGCAAAGCUCUUCCCACAGUGUACUACGCCAAACUCUACAAACAUCAUGGUUCCGGUUCCUGCUUCGCUUAACCUAAGCAACCCUGCUUCAGCUGGUGCAGCAUUCAACCUCAGUUUCGGUACAGGUAUCUGGAUAUCCUUUAUGCUUCACGCCCUUGGUGUUGAAAUAUAUCUCCGUCUUACCCCUAAGGAAGCAGAGCGUCUUCGUCAGAUCAGUUAUGAGCGUCAGCUGGCUGCUGGUUUCAAGAAUCCAGGCAGCGCAGGCUUGGUUGUUGAAAAAUUGGGAGAUGCGGAUCCAUGGAAGGGGCCCGUUUAG